CUUAGUAAAGAUGGACAAAGGUUUUCCCUCAGGAGCCUUUCUAUUGUCAAAGCUCGCAGGAUCUCUUGGUCCUGAUCGUUCAUCCAGGUUUUGGUGAGCAAGUUUCUUUCCUGCUUCUCCAAAGAUCCCAGAAGAUACUCCCAACUCCACUGGCUUCGCAUUAUAAUAAUCCUCAUCAAUCCGAACCAACAAGUUUACUAACAAAAUGACAAGAGAGACCCUUGAAGAGUGCUUGGAGGCUUCGUGUCAACAAAAGAUACCGAACACCUCACCAUGCAUCUCAUCAUUGGCAUUUGUUGCCACAAAAGCAGCACCAGCCUCCUCCUCCGCUCCUUUAAAAAUUGGAAAAUAGGAACCCUGGCAACAUAGACUACUAGACUAAUAGUCAAUAGCUUUUGCUUGUGAGAGACAAAACACCCAAUGCAACGUCUGAUCUCUUUGACCUCUCUGGUCACUAUUGUUUUCUUGAUUGUCCUUUCGAGCGCCUCAGCCAACGCCUUUACUCCCCACACCACCAAGUCUCUGACUUCUACUCGUCCUUCUACUCGGACUGAUUCGGUGUUCCCCGCUACUCAUCCCAUUGUUUCAAAAAAUUCACAACAACAACAACAGCAGACGUUUUCUGCCAUGCCUUCCUCUACCGCUCUCAAAACGACAGGAGGCGAUGCUGCUGCUCCGCCUGCUCCGGCCAAGCGUAUCCGUAUUUCGGCGUUUGAUUCCAUGAGAUUCUUUUUGAUUGUCUUUAUCUGCAUUGGCCACUUUAUUCGCUUUGUGGAUCCUUCCAAAUUUGUCAUGAACUUUUUCGCACAAGUCAAUGUGGUGGUCGGGGCCUUUUUUGUCUUGAGUGGCUACGUCACGGCUUACACGGCCACUACCAAUGGUGCCUACGAGGCAUCUCCGAAACUCAAGCCCUCAGCUGUGUGGACAUUAAGCAAAGUCUUUGGCUAUUGGCCCCUCCAUAUGAUUGUCUUGGCCAUCUUUGCGCCCGUAUUCCUCUACGCCGAUGUCACCUACAAUGGAUGGUUCCAAUCCGCAAUUCAUGGACUCAUGAGCGCCACAAUGACGCAAGCUUGGUUCCCCAUGCAUGCCGAAGUCUGGAAUGCUCCCUCGUGGUUCUUGUCGGCAUUGGCAUUUGCCACUGCCACUCUUCCCUUUGCCUUGCCACACAUGGCCAAAAUGAAAAAGUCGGAAUUAAAGAGGACCAUGCUCUAUUUGGUCGCUGCCGGUUUGAUCCCAAAACUUGGGUACUCCUAUGAUCACAAUGUCUGGGGAGUCAUGGAAGGUGUCACGUCCCCCAAGGCGUUUCCCAAUAUGGCCAUUUUCAAUAACCAGCGCUUCAAUCCCUUCUUUAAUACAGUCGAAGUCUUGUUGGGUGCCGCUGCGUGCCGUGUGGUCAUGCUCGAUGGGGUCGAUGAAGACAAGGAUAAGGUCCCUCAAACCAAUACCAUGUCCAGUCUCUUGCCCUUGGUGGGCAUGAUUGCCAUUUUGGCAUUGCGUGCCACGGAAGUCUUGCAAUUGAAUGACAUGUUGACCCGUUGUCUCUUGUUCUUGCCUCUCUUUGUGCGAUUCAUGAUGUCCUGUCAUCGGGCCGCUGUGGCCGAAGCCACGGGCACAUCCAAGAGCAAAGAUCUCAUUGUGUCCUUCUUGUCCAGCGGAGCAUUGACCAAUCUGGGAUCCUUGGCAUUCCCCAUGUUUUUGGUGCAUGGACCCAUUGGACAAAUCUGCUACAAGAAAAUUAUUGCCACCAAAUUGUUUGGUGGAACUCUCAACAAACUCUAUGGAGCAAACUUUUUCUAUGCCUAUUUGGGUAUUGUGGUUGGGACUGCCUUUUUGUUGAAAAAGCUCGUCUUGGAAAGCAAGGCCAUUGGGACCUGGUCCAAAAAUACUGCCGCCAAAUGGUCCAAGGGAAUGUAGGCAGAUCUACAUGUACUGCACCAAAAUAAGUGUAUGUAUGGAGUGUCCAGCAAGAUGAUUUACAAGAACAGCGAAUAAACACUAAAGCCUGUCACCAGCUAGCUAGAAGUAGUGUAUGCGAGGUACAGUACCGUAUAUAGAACCCAUGUCAUAAGUCAACAUACUGGACAGAGUAUCUUGUAACUGCAUUAGACAACGUUUGCCUUUCGU